AUGUGGGGACAUAGUAAGGUAACGUCUGUGGCAUGCAUAUCUAACCCUAGAAUUCAGGCAAUGUUGGGACAUAGUAAGGUAACGUCUGUGGCAUGCAUACCUAACCCUAGAAUUCAGGCAAUGUUGGGACAUAGUAAGGUAACGUCUGUGGCAUGCAUAUCUAACCCUAGAAUUCAGGCAAUGUGGGGACAUAGUAAGGUAACGUCUGUGGCAUGCAUAUCUAACCCUAGAAUUCAGGCAAUGUUGGGACAUAGUAAGGUAACGUCUGUGGCAUGCAUAUCUAACCCUAGAAUUCAGGCAAUGUGGGGACAUAGUAAGGUAACGUCUGUGGCAUGCAUAUCUAACCCUAGAAUUCAGGCAAUGUUGGGACAUAGUAAGGUAACGUCUGUGGCAUGCAUAUCUAACCCUAGAAUUCAGGCAAUGUUGGGACAUAGUAAGGUAACGUCUGUGGCAUGCAUAUCUAACCCUAGAAUUCAGGCAAUGUGGGGACAUAGUAAGGUAACGUCUGUGGCAUGCAUAUCUAACCCUAGAAUUCAGGCAAUGUUGGGACAUAGUAAAGUAAUGUCUGUGGCAUGCAUAUCUAACCCUAGAAUUCAGGCAAUGUGGGGACAUAGUAAGGUAACGUCUGUGGCAUGCAUAUCUAACCCUAGAAUUAAGGCAAUGUUGGGACAUAGUAAGGUAACGUCUGUGGCAUGCAUAUCUAACCCUAGAAUUCAGGCAAUGUUGGGACAUAGUAAGGUAACGUCUGUGGCAUGCAUAUCUAACCCUAGAAUUCAGGCAAUGUUGGGACAUAGUAAGGUAAUGUCAGUGGCAUGCAUAUCUAACCCUAGAAUUCAGGCAAUGUUGGGACAUAGUAAGGUAACGUCUGUGGCAUGCAUAUCUAACCAUAGAAUUCAGGCAAUGUGGGGACAUAGUAAGGUAACGUCUGUGGCAUGCAUAUCUAACCCUAGAAUUCAGGCAACGUUGGGACAUAGUAAGGUAACGUCUGUGGCAUGCAUAUCUAACCCUAGAAUUCAGGCAAUGUGGGGACAUAGUAAGGUAACGUCUGUGGCAUGCAUAUCUAACCCUAGAAUUCAGGCAAUGUUGGGACAUAGUAAGGUAACGUCUGUGGCAUGCAUAUCUAACCCUAGAAUUCAGGCAAUGUGGGGACAUAGUAAG